AACUAUCCGGAAAACUACAAAGGCAUUAACGCCGUAAUUGUAGAUAUUAAAAGAAAUUUGUUCCUGUUCUUCAUGACAUGUGCUUAUUUGUUAAAUCAUUUGACGCCAUUGAAUCCGAAAUUAGCUAUCGGAAUUGUCGAUCCAAAGCCAGCUAAAGAUAUUCAAACCAAUUAUGGAAGACAGUGCCAGAUAAAAUGA